UAGAUGCUGAGCAUAGCACUUUCAACAUAUGUUGUGAACAGUACCCACAGCAGUCUUCAUCAUAAGCAGGGACUGCCUGUAAUUAAUCAAAUCAUUAGUUGGACAACACUAGCCUCAUCCUUGUUUGUGCCAUUACUGAGUCCCACAUUUUUCUUCCAGAGACUGCUCAGCAUACUUCUCUCUUUGAUGUCACCCUACCUGCUCCUCAGCACAGGAUAUGAAGCUCUCUUUCCCCUGGUAUUGUCUGGGUUGAUGUUUUCUUGGAUAUAUAUGGAAAAAGAAGUACUACAGCACUAUGGCGAUUCACUUAAACCAAAGCUUGCUGUUCUCAACUUCUCCUAUGCUACUGAUAUAACUCAGUUUCGGCAACUCCACCUGGAUGACAUCCGCAGGUCUUUUUUCUUUGUUUUCUUCAUCGUGACGGCUUUUUUUGGUACUGGAAAUAUAGCUUCUGUUAACAGCUUUGACCCUGCUUCUAUCUAUUGCUUCCUGACUGUGUUCAAUCCCUUUGUAAUGGGAAGCUUGCUGGUGUGGAAGAUUGUAAUCCCUUUUGUCCUUGUGUCAUGUGCUUUUGAAGCUGUUCAAGUCACAACCCAGUUAUCUUCUAAAAGCCUUUUCCUCAUCGUUCUUGUGAUUUCAGACAUUAUGGCUUUGCACUUCUUCUUUUUGGUUAAAGAUUAUGGAAGCUGGCUGGAUAUUGGAACAAGCAUUAGCCACUAUGUCCUUGUGAUGGUUUUCACCAUCUUCAUCAUGCUGCUGAGUGGACUGGCCCAGCUGCUCACUACAAAGAGAAUUGAACUUUGGGGAAGAACUAAACGACAUUCCAUGUGACAGAGCUACAAGUGUUGUUUUUGCUAUUUGAAUUUUCACCCAUACUGUGAGCCAGUGCCCACCUGUGGAAUGUAAAUAAUUAAUGGACUGGAGUGCCAAAAUCCUGUUGGGAGAUUUUCUACUUUCCUGUGACUGAGAUUAUGCUUGGAAACUGAUAUUUCAAGUAAUGUCUUAAUUUUAUUCCUUAAAUAUAUUUUUUGCAAAUAAAAACAGUGAUUAAGUCCUGGUUUAAAACAUCAGCAACCAUCUU